AUGAAUUGGAUUAGUAAACUCGAUCCACUUCUUUGUCACGAGAAACUUUGUGAGGAUGAAGAAUUAUACAUUAUCGAAUGGGUUGAAAAAUAUAGAAAUGAACAUCCAUUUAAUGAUAUUAAAUGGAAACAAUUAAUUAAAGAUUUGAAAAUUAAAUCCGGUAAAAUGCGAUCAGAAAAUAUGGUGAAAAAUCAUUAUUACUUAAAAGGAAGACAAGAAAAACGACGAGGACAACUACCUUCGAAAGAUGAUGAUGCAUCAUCUUCCCCUCAAGAUAGUAAUUCUCCAAAAAGUGUACCAUCUUCCCCUCAAGUCAGCAACGUUUCAACAACCGUAUCGCCUUCAUCUAAAGAUAAUAAUGUUCCAAAAAGCGUACCAUCUUCCCCUCAAGAUAACAACGUCUCAAAAAUCGUGUUAUCUUAUUCUCAAUAUGAUAACGCCUCAAAAAGCGCACCAAUUUAUCCUCAAGUUAAUGACGUUCUAAACAGUGUACCGACUUCUCCUCAAGAUAACAACGUUUCAACAACCGUAUCGCCUUCCCCUCAAGAUAAUAACGUUCUAAAAAGCGUAUCAUUUAUUCUUUAUAAUAAUAACGUUCAAGAAAGGCAAGUUUCUGACAUGUUGAAAAUUAGAAAUUUGUUAAAUUAG